AUUUUGCGUAGCCGAGAAGCGGUGACCAGGCCGUAAAGGGCGUGCUUCGAUGCUUGAGAGGAGAAAGAGAGAGACGCCGCUUAGAAAGAAUAUUUUCGCUGCUGAUGAAGCCGAGACGAUUGAAAGGCCACAAGGCAGCGGUCGCCUGCUGCAUCGCCUCACGGGCCCGUCCCGGGAUCAUCGCUUCUUCCGGCGAGGAUGGUCGCAUCUGCUGGUUUGAUUUGCGGUGCAAGGAUGUUCUGUUUACCAUUGAUUUAGGGGAGCAGCCUAUUUCUUCUUUAUGUUUCAAAGCAGGAAAUGAAGCUAUUGUCUAUGCCUCCUCAGGUACUAAAGUCUCAUGCUUGGACAUUCAUAUGGUCUCUUCUUGGAAGCCAUUGGAGACCUACAACUAUAACAAAGACGAGAUAAAUCAGAUUGCAUACAGCUCAAAGUCAAAUUUCCUUGCUGCUGCCGAUGAUAGUGGUGAUGUUAAGAUCAUUGACACUAGCCAGCAAUGCCUAUACAAAACCUUAAGAGCGGUUCAUACCAGUAUAUGCAGCAGUGUACAGUUCCUCUCUUGGAAGCCUUGGACAGCCAUUACUGGAGGACUUGACUCAAAGCUUGCUAUGUGGGACUUCUCGAGAGGGCGAACGUACAAUGUCAUAGACUAUGGGAUGCCCGAAGUGGACAGCACUGUUUCUUGUGGCAAUGUAGGACAAUGUCUCAAUCCUGCUUUUGUGCACUCAAUAGCAGUCCCUGAAAUGGACAUGUUACAGGGACUGAACAAGGCAUGUGCUGUCGCAAGAGGUGAUGGUGUUGUUGAUGUAAUUGAUCUAGAAUCUGAGCUGGCCACUGUGAAGUCUAAAAAUUUUCAAUCGAGAUCCAAGAAAAGUGAUGUUCAAGCUGCAAAUCAUGCAAUUGGUCGAAAUCUAGUGAAGAGGACUCAACUAGAUUACAGUCUGGGAGGGCAUACUGCUGCUGUAUCUUGUGUGUCUUUUUCAUUGUUUGGGGAGAGAGGCAAGUUUCUCAUUUCAGGGGGAAAUGAUGCAUGCGUGAAGCUGUGGGACUGGUCUAGACAUUUUUGUGCUGAACAAACAAGCUGCAAUAAUGCUUUAAUUUUGAACAUUGAUUUGAAGAAGAAGUACAGCUCAGAGUGCCGGGAUAUUUUGCUGAGAGAUGUGCAUCGAGUUACUUCAAUAUAGAACAGUUGCAGGAGAUGGAUCUGGGUGCAGUUGGGGGGAAGUGAAUCUGCAAAAUAGUUUAUAUAACUACAUACAUGCAGCACCUCAGUUAGAAGUUUCCUACUACAAAGUUUGGGUUUGGGCUGUUAAUUGGCGCCCCCUCCUUUCUCCCAACCCAACCGCACGUCCAUCCAGAUCCACACCCAAAAUCGUGUCUCUGUUCGGGAAACUGCAUGCAUCAUCUGAUGAAAAGCUGGGCCUCAUCAGCUUAACUAGAAGACUGGUCAAAUAACCUUAGCAGAUCUUUGUAUCUAACCAAAGCACUUUUGUUUUUGGCAGGUCAAUUGGCUGUGUACUACUACAACAGAUUCAGAAAACCUUGUUGUAUGCGACACAUCCAAAGUAUUGAAAAUCUAUACUGUCCUUUGACUACAACAGCCUGACCAAAUGGAAAUCAGCUGAAGAUGAAAAAAUUCAAAUUAACUGCAAGAUCCUCAAAAUCUCAUUUAUAAGAGCGGUGAUGGGCGCAUCGAUAUAUCAUUUCAUAACAUUGAGCUACCUAUGUUGCAGUAUGGUACAAGUUCUGACUAGGGCAACACGCUUAUCUCAAGUGCAGCCUUUUCUCCGCUAAUGUGGGAGAAGUUUGGCUUUUUGUUUCAUCGAAUGUUGGGAAUUUUGAUUGGUUUGUAUAAUCAUAUUUUAAGCUAUAUAAAUAUUGCCUUUUGAUGAGAAAUAUACCUAGUUCUUUAGAUUGUAUUCUCUCAAUGAAUUCUUUCAUAGAAGCUCCAGUGGCCCCAAACUGUUAGUGAGUGCAUCUCCUCGUUGUUUUGGUAGCUCAAGUCAUGUUUUUGUUUAUGAGACGUGGCUGUAAAUGUUAUUUAUUCUAUUUUUCUUUGGUUAAUUAUAUAAAAGCAUUGAUUUUUUUUUA